GACACUAACUUGACAAUAGGGUUUCGCUCUUCUCUUUGUCAAAGGACUGACUUCCGUUUUCAUGUUUUCACCAGCUUUCUAGAAAACUCUACUGACUCCCACAGCUGACGCGGUUGAAAACAGACAGCGACGAGUAGUUUGAGCUGCCGCGUCGCAGUCACUUGAAUCCCCUGCGUUUCUACCCCGAACAUUAUUCAGUUUUAUCCUUGAACAACGCUAGUGUUUACCGAGCUAGCUGGCUAGCGUUAGCCAGCUGAGUUUCACAUCGGCAUGUUUCGCUUCAUGAAUGACGUUGAUGACGACCUGGACAUAAUGGAUCCAUUCGCAGCUCACAGGCAGCAGAUGAGUCUGUUUGCACCCUUUGGUAUGGACCCUUUUGCUCUUGCUACUUCCCAGAUGCAGCCACAUCGUGCACCACGUAGACAGGCUGGUCCACUGACCCCGUUUGGCAUGAUGGGCAUGGGCGGAGGAUUCAUGGAUAUGUUCGGCAUGAUGGGAGAAAUGAUGGGAAACAUGGGAAGAAUGUCGGGCUCACCCAACUGUCAGACGUUCUCCUCCUCCACAGUCAUCUCCUACUCCUCGUCAGGAGCAGGAGCUCCUAAUGUUUAUCAGCAGACCCAGGAAACCAGAGCCGGCCCUGGAGGGAUCCGUGAGACACGGCAGUCGGUCAGGGACAGCGAGAGCGGCCUAGAGCGACUCGCCAUCGGCCACCACAUCGGGGAUCGCGCCCACAUAAUGGAACGCUCAAGAAAUCGCCGCACAGGAGACCGUGAAGAGCGACAAGACUUCAUUAACCUCGAUGAAAGUGAGGCCGAUGCAUUUGAUGAGGAGUGGAGACGGGGGGCGGGGCGGUACGGUCCCCCAGGCGCUCGGGGGCUGGAGUACCGAGAUCGACGGGCAGGAGGUCAGCAGCUGGCUCUGACUGCUCCUCCCAGCUCAACACCUCCAUCAGGCCAUCGGCAUGAGUCUCCCCGGCACCGUCAACCCCAUACCCGACCACGCUACGACUGGUGAGAAGGUUUACACCUGAGGAAGCAGGUGUUCUGGAUGGAGUUAAAGGAAGAUUCCCAUUAUGCUGUGAACAAGGUUGAAGACGACUUGACGCCUGGCGUCAAUGUUUGACUUGACUGGACUGUCGAUAUAUAAACAACAUUAUACACAACACAUCACCAUCUUCAUACAUCUGAUUAACAUUCACAGUACAACUUAUUUUCUGUUACAUAGAAAAAAAACCACGUGAGCGCAGGUUGACGGGAAAGCACACUUUAUUUACACACAUUCUGUAGACGUGUGUUUUGGAGGCAGCGCUGCGUCUGCUCUACGGUCCAUUUUGUUUGUAAAGACACCAGUGUGUCAGUGAAUUGAAAUGCAUUCUGUUAAUCUAACUAAAUAAAAGUCAACUUAAACAUUGUUA